AUGCGUGACCCCCUCCAUAGGAGGCAAUACGUGGGACCCCCACAGGAGGCGAUACGCAGGCCCAAUGGGUUGCGAAACGCCAUCCCACAGCUGCGUACACUGGGCGCUGUGUUGAGCGUUGGAGUGAUCACCUACAUCCUCCUCAGCGGCUUCUCACCCUUUCAGGGGGACACGGACAGUGAGACGCUGGUCAACAUCGUGGAGCUGAACUACGAGAUGGAGGGCCACAGCUUCGAGACGACCAGUGACAUGGCGAAGGACUUCAUCGCCAAGCUGCUGCUGAGGGAGCCCGAGGCGCGGCUCACCGCUGACCACUGCCUCCGACACCCCUGGAUCAAGCCCGAGAACCGUCGGCAGCAGCUGGUCCGGAGUCGCUCCACCAUCAACAUGGAGUCUUUCCGUGCCUUCAACGCCCGGCGGCGGUGGAAGGUCUCCUAUAAGAUGGUGUCCGCCUGUAACCGCCUGCGCCACCUCCGGCGAGGGAGAGCCCGGUCACACCCAGCGCUGGACGAGGUGUUCGUGCAGAGGGAUUGCGAGAGUGACCACGAGGAGUGGAGUCCCGGCAUGCUCUUCCGGAGGCGGAGAAGCAGCUCGUCGUAGCGGGAGUGGAUCGGCGGCGGGGGGACGGGCGGCGAGACGACAGACGGGCCGUGACCCGAUCCGUCCGCACCGAGACCGGACGAG